AUGAGCAGCAUAACAUAAACUCAAGAACUUCUAAAAAAACUUCCUGUUACUGUACUCAGUGGCUUCUUAGGAAGUGGUAAGACAACUUUGCUUAAACACAUCCUAGAGAACAAAGAAAAUCUAAAAUGUGCUGUGAUAGUUAAUGAUAUGGCAGAGCUUAACAUAGAUUCUGCAUUGAUAAAGGAUUCAAAACUCAUCUAGCAAGAAGAAAAAAUGGUGUCCAUGCAAAAUGGUUGUAUCUGCUGCACUCUAAGAGAAGAUUUAUUAGUUGAAGUAGCCAAUCUUGCUAAGACCCAACAAUUUGAUUACUUAGUCAUAGAAUCAACUGGUAUCUCUGAGCCAAUUCAAGUUGCUGAAACAUUCACUUUUGAUUUACCUCAAGAGGAAGAGAAUACUGAUUCUGAAGCUAAUAAAGAGGCUUUGAAGUAUUUGAAGGACUAUGCAUAGUUAGAUACUUGUGUUACUGUAGUUGAUGCUGCAAACUUCUUUAACUACUUCAAUACUGAUGAGAGUCUAACUGAAAAGUUCGCUGUUGAGAAGCCCUCUGAAAUGGAUGAAAGAACAGUUACUGAACUAAUGGUGGAUUAGCUCGAAUUCGCUGAUGUAAUUAUCAUCAACAAAAUAGACAUGGUUAGUAAAAAGUAGUUGGAGUAAAUUGAAGGCCUUUGCUUAAAGCUUAACAAAGAUGCCAAAAUCAUAAAAGCUAAAUACGCUCAAGUAGACCUCAAGGAAAUAAUUAAUACAAAUAAAUUCAACUUUGAAAAGGCUAAGGAAAACUCUCACUGGCUUGCUUAAGACAGAUAUUAAAUGACUCCAGAGACUAUCGAGUAUGGAAUAACAAGCUUUGUAUACAAAGCAAAAAGACCUUUUGAUAACGUUAGACUAUACAAUCUGCUAUCAGAAAAUUUCUUCUUAGACUUAGAUCCAACUCCAAUAGCUCCAUCUAGUAAUUAAGAAGGCGAAGAACACUAGCAUGAUCACAAUCAUCAUGGACAUGAACAUGGCCAUCCUCAUAAGCAUCAUGAAGCAGAAACUGCAUGCACACUAAAACCUAACACUGAUGAUUCAAAAAAUUAAGAAGAUGAAUAAAAUGAAGCUGAAGUAGAAGAAGAAGAUGAAGAAGAAGAAAUUCCAUAAGAAGAAUUAGAAAAAGCAAAAAAGAUUUAUAAAAAAUAGCGUAAAACUGCAUUUAAAAAUAAAAAUUAAGGUAUCUUCAAAGACGUUUGGAGAUCAAAAGGAUUCUUUUGGGUUGCUAGUAAUUCUUGUGAUUUUUAUGGAUGGUAGCAAAGUGGAGUGAUGAACAAAAUUGAAAUUGCAGGCAUAUUCUCUUGCACUCUUGAUGAAGAAUCUAAAAAGUAGAUUCCAAAUUAUGAUGCAAGUUUUGAAUUAAAAUUCGAUCCUGUUAUUGGAGACAGAGAAACAUCUUUAGUAUUUAUUGGUAAAUAAAUAAAUGAAAAAAAAAUUAAAGAAACACUUGAUGCUUGUUUGCUUAAUGAUGAAGAGUGGAAGGAGUUUUUAAAAUAAGAUUUAGAAUUUGAAUACGAUAACGAUCCAUUCACAUUAGAGGAGGAGGAAGAAGAAGAAGAAGACGAUGAUGAUGAAGAUAAUGAAUGGGAAAGUGAAGAUGAGGAUGAAGAUGAAGAUGAAGAUGAGGAAGAAGAAGAAUAAGUUGUAGAAAAGGAAGAUAAAGCACCUAGAAGAAAGAUUUUUAAUUCUGAAAGAAAAACAGAGUUAAAAGAUACUGUUUAAAAGAAAAGAAAAAUCUGA